AGGAUAACGAUCGUUUAGAGAAGAAAGGAAUGAAGUAGCAAGAGGAAAUAGAAAUACCAACAUAGUAGAAUAUAUUUAAGUUUAAUAUAAAACGGAAUAGCAAUCAAACUAUUGUUUUCAGUAAUAUAGCUCGCAAGAGACGGAGUUACGUUCGCUGCCUUCUCAAUCUGGGUCACAAGAGGACGAAAACGACGAUAUCCGCAAGAGCGCGCAGACAAGCUCCAUCUCUGCGGUCUCCAUUUUAGGUUCUUGCCCAGCCUGUACCUCACGUGUCCUGGACUGUCUUUCUCACAUGACCCGUGUGUUUGUCCCCGUGAUCAGGACUUCCAUCUCCGUAUUUCAGUGUCGCUGAAUAUCACUUUUUAUAUCGUUACCUUCAUGGAUAUGCUCGAACAGAGCCUGGACACCCCUACGAGUCACGAUAAACAGGAAACCGAGGAGGUGGUUCAGCUGCAGGAGGGUAGGCUCACAUGUUUGGAGAAUGUGUGUGAGGCGGUUGGGGCAGAGGAGCAGGCUGCUGCUACCAUAGCGAGUGUCCAACAGGCAGCAUUUGCAGACCAUAAUGUCCAGUACCAGUUCCGCACAGAAAGCAAUGGGGGCCAGGUGACAUACCGGGUGGUCCAGGUGACAGAGGACCAGCUGGAAGCCAUUGGUGAUGGGGGAGCAGCAGUUAGUGUGGUAUCCACAGCAGCCUUUGCUGGAGCUCAGCAGGCAGUAGCUCAGGCUGUUAUCCAGAACCCCUUUAGUAAUGGUGGCAGUCCCGGAGGGGAUACUGUGGGUGGAGAGACUCGCUUCGCCUAUUUCCCCACAGCCACUGUGAGUGAUGGGACAGCUGUGUCUGUGCAGGCGACCGCAGACCCCUCACAGGCGGGAGGUCAGUUUUAUGUGAUGAUGAGUCCCCCAGAUGUGUUGCAAACCGGUACUCCUCGGACCAUUGCACCCCGUACACACACCUACACCACAGACUUCGGGGAAAACAAGAUGCUGCAACACGGCAAUGCCAGCUGGAAGAUGGAGGGAGCACGAGCACCUCGAGAUGAAAGGAGGAGGGCGCAACACAAUGAGGUGGAAAGACGUAGAAGAGAUAAGAUCAACAACUGGAUUGUGACCCUCUCAAAAAUCAUCCCAGACUGCAACAUGGACACCAACAAAAGUGGAGCGGUGAGCAUCACACUCAAGAGUAAAGGAGGGAUCUUGUCUAAGGCCUGUGACUACAUCCGUGAGCUCAGGCAGAAUAACCAGCGGCUGCAGGAAAGCUUUAAGGAGGUGGAGAGAGUUCAGCUGGACAACGAGCUUCUCAGACAACAGAUUGAGGAUCUGAAGAAUGACAACGCGUUGCUCCGGGCCCAGUUACAGCAGCACGGCAUUGAGGAGGCAGCACCACAGUGACACACACACACACACACACACACACACACACACUCUCACACAGCACUGCAUAUUUAGGUGAAGAGACUGUUUCUGCAGUGAUGUGAACACGGACACACACAUACAUACAAGCAUACACAAGCAUACAUAUACUCACAACACCUUUUCACCCGCACUUGCUAAUUAAAAUGAUCUUUUUAGGUUUUACACACACAAACAUACCCGAAUACACUGGGGGGCUGGCAAUUUGGAGACUUGAUAGUAGUUGAAGACAACAAAAAAAAAAUCAACCCCCCACCACACACACAUUCUCACAGUCAGAGGAGCUCAGACCCCAGAAACCCUGCAUACCUGAUGAGGAAGACUCCCGCUCUUCAUCAUAUCUGCUCUUCUCUGUCCUUGUCAGCCUAAGCUGUUGGCUAAUAAGGUUUCUCUCUCUCUUUUUUUGGCUUUAUACUCCUCAUUAUUUUAAGUUGUACUGCUGUCUGUGAAAUGUUGUGUUUUCUGUGUUGUCAUUUAAUUUAUUAGUUGAUGACAAAAUCACGAAUACUCAAGACUCCUAGCAAGAAUGAGUGACUGAAGCAGAUCUCUUUGUCUGCUUUUCUCACACUGAUCUAACACGCAUCAUGGCACUGGUUUAAGUGUUCUCUAGCCGUGAGCAGCAGAAGGAUGGAAGAAUAAUAAUGUACAUAAUAGUUUGAAGCGUUUGUGUAAAGUUUGCAUUACAUUGCUGCGCACCUCUUAAUGGGGGCGGGUGGGUGAUGAAGGACUCCAGGCUUCUCUCAGGUACCUGUAUGCUGCAUGCAAAAGGCUACACUGCACACUGUGACCCGUAGAGGUGUGUGUAUGGGGGGGGUCUGGCCGACACACACACACACACCCAAUGUAGCAAUGGGAGCUGGUUUUGGUUUCACCUCUGGCUCAAUGUUGUGGAUUAUGGAUCUGUAAUGCAGGUGCUUUACUACAAUAAGGGUUAUUGUCAUGUUAAAACAAUGUGAAGAAAAAUGGAUGACAGAUCAUGGAAAUGAAAUGACGCAAUAUUCCUAAUUUGUUUUUCACGAUUCCCAAAAAGGAGGCUUUUUGUGUGGCUCCUGUCCAAAUCCAAAGGCUAUUAAAAGCACUGGAUUGAUAUGUUGAUCAUGUAGACCAGACAUUUUUACUUUUUAGUCUCGUCUUAAUACAUUUCUUUAUAGUCAGAUCUGAAGACCAAUUGAAUCUCGUGCAAUACCGAGGAGCUCUAGGUGUCUAGAAAAUAAGUUUAAACUACCACCUUCUCAGCUAAAAGCGCAAAAAAGAACUGGAUGGCCAGCAAUGAUUCCUUUAGGUCAAGAAAAGCAUCCGUGGGGUUCAGCCAGACGUCAUUUUAAAGUCUUUCCCCUUUUUCCUCAUCCAAACACAAAUUACAACAUGUUCAGACACAGUGUUACAAGCUUGGUGUCUGCUUUGUCAUUGUCACCUGCAUAAUUACCUUUGUUUGUUGAAACCACAAUUAGGAGUUUGCAGGUAUCCAUAGGUAGUAAACUCUCCAUUCAUCCUAACCACUGGCAUGAUUUCUAUCAAAUUGUACAAUAAAAUUGCAAUGUUUAUAUCAAAA